GGAUGGGAACUGAAUGACAACCCCCUUCUGCCAAACCACCCCCUCAUAUUUUCCAUCUACCUCCUCGCUCCUGCCCUCCCCCGCCCUCCCCAACCCACGCCCCGGUGGGCCAAUCGCUGCUCCGCAUUCCAGGCGCUUUCUCAGGUUUCUGCUGAUCUUGCAGCGCCCAGAAAUGGACCGAGCGGACCUGCGGCCACACGCUCCCUGCCCCACUCCAAGCUGCUGAAGGCUCGCGGCGCGCCGCGGAACGAGGUCCGUGCUGUGGUACGGAGAGUGCAGGUUACCCGAGAGCCAUGUAGAGCCAGGCUUUGAGCCGCCCGCCUCCCUCGGGAUCGAAUCAAGGGCUCCCGUAGUGUUCGGAGGGGGCGAGAGUGAAGCUUAUCGCCAUUUGCUUGGGUGACUCGGGAGAAGGUGGCCUUUUUGUUUUUCCACCCCGCAUCCUCCGGGACUUCCUGCCCCAGACAGAGGACAGCAUCUCCUGGUUGCUUGCACCGUGCGAGAAUGGGGGUAGGGUACGGACGUUUCCUCCGUAGCUGCUCGAUAAAACGAUCGGACUCCUGAGAGGAGAAGGACGCGAACCGCCAGGGGCCGGAGCCUCUCGCGUGCUGCUGCGGUGGUGGCGGCUGCUCGCUCCGGCUGCUGCAAAGGCGACCUGCCGCAUUCAGACUCUCCGCCGACUCAGCACCGCCUCUGCGCCAAGCCGGUCCGCCAGCGUCCAUCGAUCGCCCCGGUGGGAGCUUAGAAGGCGGCAGGCGAAGAGGGGUAGGAGGGGGGAGAGCCAAGGAGCAGCAAAGUGGGUGACAGGCCCGGGGAUCUGCUGAGUUGGCACUGCACCGGGUCCUAGGAGGGCUGCAGGGGGGGAAGGGAGCCGGGGCGAGCCCCGAAGUCAUGGCAGGUGUGCGUUAAGACAAUCAGAUCAGGAAGAAAAACCCAUUCACCAACACAGAAACAGAGCACCCCACCUCAAAAAAAAAAAAAAAAAAAAAAGCUUCACUGGGGGCCCUUAGGCGAGAGGAGUUUCCAAAUUGGGUAAAAGGCAGAGUGGAGGAGGGGAGGUGAUAAUUAGCAAAGUUGUAGACCUCUGAACCUUCUGGGUCUGAAGCCCCUCCCUGUGAGCGUGGGGGAGACUCACUCUCCGGUGGGGGGGCCGCUUGGGUCCCCCCCACCCCUACUCCCUCGCUCCUUCACACCCCGGGCUCUCUCCUGGCCUCCUACCCCUGCACCCUGCAUCCAUCAUGACGGUGAUGUCAGGGGAGAAUGCAGACGAGGCUUCGGCCGCUCCAGGUCACCCCCAGGAUGGCAGCUACCCAAGGCAGGCGGACCACGAUGACCACGAAUGCUGCGAGCGCGUGGUGAUCAACAUCUCCGGGCUGCGCUUCGAGACGCAGCUCAAGACUCUGGCCCAGUUCCCCAACACGCUGCUGGGCAACCCGAAGAAACGCAUGCGCUACUUUGACCCUCUGAGGAAUGAGUACUUCUUUGACCGCAACCGGCCCAGCUUCGAUGCCAUCCUUUAUUACUACCAGUCGGGGGGGCGCCUGCGCAGGCCGGUCAACGUGCCCCUGGACAUGUUCUCCGAGGAGAUUAAAUUUUACGAGUUGGGCGAGGAGGCCAUGGAGAAGUUCCGGGAAGAUGAGGGCUUCAUCAAGGAAGAGGAGCGCCCCCUACCCGAGAAGGAGUACCAGCGCCAGGUGUGGCUGCUCUUUGAGUAUCCGGAGAGCUCAGGACCUGCACGGGUUAUUGCCAUUGUGUCCGUCAUGGUCAUCCUCAUCUCCAUAGUCAUCUUUUGCCUGGAGACUCUCCCUGAGCUGAAGGAUGACAAGGACUUCACGGGCACCAUUCACCGCAUCGAUAACACCACAGUCAUCUACACUUCUAACAUCUUCACAGACCCUUUCUUCAUUGUGGAAACCUUGUGUAUCAUCUGGUUCUCUUUUGAGCUGGUGGUGCGCUUCUUCGCCUGCCCCAGCAAGACAGACUUCUUUAAGAACAUCAUGAACUUCAUCGACAUUGUGGCCAUCAUCCCUUAUUUCAUUACCCUGGGCACAGAGAUAGCUGAGCAGGAGGGGAAUCAGAAGGGCGAGCAGGCCACUUCCCUGGCCAUCCUCAGGGUCAUCCGCUUGGUAAGGGUGUUCAGAAUCUUCAAACUCUCCCGCCACUCCAAGGGCCUUCAGAUCCUGGGCCAGACCCUCAAAGCCAGUAUGAGGGAGUUAGGGCUGCUCAUCUUUUUCCUCUUCAUUGGCGUCAUACUGUUUUCUAGUGCAGUGUACUUUGCGGAGGCGGAAGAAGCUGAGUCGCACUUCUCCAGUAUCCCCGAUGCUUUCUGGUGGGCGGUGGUGUCCAUGACCACUGUGGGAUACGGUGACAUGUACCCUGUGACAAUUGGAGGCAAGAUCGUGGGCUCCUUGUGUGCCAUCGCUGGUGUGCUGACAAUUGCCCUGCCCGUACCUGUCAUUGUGUCCAAUUUCAACUAUUUCUACCACCGAGAAACUGAGGGGGAAGAGCAGGCUCAGUUGCUCCAUGUUAGUUCUCCUAACUUAGCCUCUGACAGUGACCUCAGCCGCCGCAGCUCCUCUACUAUCAGCAAGUCUGAGUACAUGGAGAUCGAAGAGGACAUGAACAAUAGCAUAGCCCACUACAGGCAGGCUAAUAUCAGAACUGGUAACUGCACCGCAACUGAUCAAAACUGCGUUAAUAAGAGCAAGCUCCUGACCGAUGUUUAAAAAAAGCACCAGGCAAGCAAUCAAAAGCCCCCAAACAAAACCCUUGGCGACUCCUGUCCCACUCUGUAGAUACUUUACUAAAACCGUAGUCUUUGAAUGCUUUAUUUAACUGGCAAUGCACUGUUGCAUUGUGAAUUUGGGGGGUGGGCAAACCUGAAGCUUUCAAAAUCACAUUUAAAAAAUAAAACCAACCAAACAAGCAAAAAAAAAAAAAAAACCCAACCAAAAAAAAUAUAAAAACUCAACCCAACCCAAUAACCAACUUUUUAUUUAAAAAUGAGAAAAGAAAGAGGAUUUUCUAAAACGCUGCCCAUGAAGUAGUCUGUGUGAAAUAAGUCUCAUGCUUUCCUUGUACUGAAGUUUUUCCAAUCUUUUGGCUUAAGUUGUUUUGGUUUUUUUUUUAAACCUAAAAAUCAGAUGACCACUUAGGAACAUAAAAAUUCAAAUUUGCAUGGAACUCCACUGUAAAAUUUUUGCAAAUUGCGCAGCACAAGUCAGAUAGUGUGCUCCGUGGAACACUUUGUAACAGCCUCAGUGGUCAGUGGGGGGAAAAUGCUUUUAUUUUGAUCAACUGAAUUGCAUACAAGGCUAACAAAAUCCGGACUCAUUAAGAAUGGUUCAGAAAGCACCUUGCAAAUCUGUUACUGGUCCCAAUCUGUUGGGAUUUUCCAUCUGCCCCAUUCUCCUAAAUCCCAGUCUAUUCUCUAAGAAAAGGGCAACUUGAUUAAAUGAGUUGUUUCAUCUGUAGGGCUGCUAAGUUCUCUCAACUGCAGAUGAUCCAAAUAUAGGUUUGUUGUUUUUUUUUUUUAAAAACCAAUCCUGACCCCUGACUUUCAGAAGUGGAUGAUAAACCUUACCCUCCUUAUUGCAAGAGCACAAGAGUUCAAUGGUAAGCAUGUUUGAAUCCGAUAACAUUUAUUUUAUAAUCGCAUGCUGAGAAAGUUAGCCCAGACAAUAGUGAAUAAGCUUACGUUGAAAUCGACUCUUCUAAAUAUAGUCCGUUUCAUUUGCAUUCACCGAAAGUGCACUCCUUCAUUUAUUAACUCUUUUCUUAGCAGCUAAAGUACUGUAUUUAAGUACGUACCUUAGAUGGGGACAGUCCCUUUUCUGAGCUCAAAGCAUGUUCUCUUAGUCAGCAUUAUGGCCUAUUUGAUUAAGAUAUACCUUGAAUUAAUUAAUGCAUGGUUUCAGUAAUAAAAAAAUUAGAAAAUACUAAAAAUUACAAGCCUGUGGGACGAAAGGCCCAAAGGAACACUGGGGUGGGGGUGGGGUGGGGGACACUCCCGUCAAUUUUCCUGCCUUUGCUCAGGGAAAUGUCAAGCUUCUAUGCAGGUAUAGACAGAGAGAGGACCAAUAUGCCCAUCCUUAAAGGGGAAACUGUGGAAAACUAAAUAAAUCAUUCAAGGUAUUUAAUAGACCAAGCAUUUAAUAAAACCAAGCAUUCUUUCUAGCUGAACAUAAAUACAAGCAAAACAAACAAACAAACAAACAAACAAAAAAAGGUGCAAUAUUGCAUGGUUUCUUGGUGCAUUCUUAGGAUGUAAGUGAUAACGCUGACCUCUUCAUGCAUCCAGAGCAGAGCCGAUUUCUUUUCGCAGUCAUGAUUUGAAGUCUAUAGAGACUUCGGCCCUCCCCCCUGAGGCUCCCUGAAGAAACUCAGCCAAUUGAUUUAAUACUUGCUUAGUGCCUUUAUCUGUACCCACAGUGAACUGCAGAAAAGUGCCUCCAUAACUCAGCUGGGAAGUUAUUUAACAGAAGGGAGGAAGGGUUGGGGCACAGACCUUUUUGCUUUUUGUUUUGUUUGUUUUUCCAUCCUCACUGUCUCACUUCACCACUGUGAGAAGACCUCUCCACCCUCAGAGCCCCCAAAGAAGAGAGAGAGAGAGAGAGAAAGCAGGUGCUGUCUCUCUUGGCCGUCUACUGGACUUGGUCUCUUUGGCAGCCUGACUCUGGAUAUGAACUGAGACCCAUCUUUGAAGUGGACAUGAACCAUAAACCGGUUCUAUUCUGUUUUGUUCUGUUCUGUUUUGUUUCUUCUCGACCAGAAGUCAAGAGAAAUGUUUUUGGGAAUGUGGAAGGCCACUCCGGACAUACAAAGCUUCCUCAGGUUCAGUGGCUCCUUCUCCCCCAUCUCUCCCUGUCAGCUGCAGCACUUUGCAGAUCUCUGAGAGUCUGGUCUUUGGGGACAUUGGUGUGAAUCAUGGGAACACUUAUCUCACAGUGACCUGUCAUAAGCCAGCCAUCUUGGCCAACCUCCUCUAUAGCUUUCCUAUGAUGCUCCUCUGAUUGUCCCGCUUGGAAGUCACGUCACUGGCUGAACAUCUGAUUGCUGCUGCCCCAGCUGCUGAAUUCAGAGAAUGGUGGGGACCCCAUGUCCAGCUGCAAGGUCACCAUGUAGCACAGGCUCUGGAGUCCAGCAGCUAUCCACCGACGGAAAGGUGUUCAUUGCCUUUUUAAGGAUUCUGGAGUGGGGAAUCGUCACUCUGCGUUUAGCAUGUGGCUGCCUACUACUGUUUGCCUUACAUUCUUGCCUGGCUUCUUCUGGAAUCCUCCCUCCCCCCCCUCCCCACCCAAUCUUCAGACUAGAAGUG